AUGGACACGAUUCAGGAGAGCACUUCUGUAAAACUUCUGUUCUUCGGUAAUGAGUUCCCCAAUGAUGAUUUGAAAGAUCUAUUUCGCCGUUUCGUCCAGCACGGCAAGGACAGACGGUUCAGAUUACUGGCUGCCUUUCUAGAUGAGUCCACAUUGGUUCUCAAGCAGGAGAUCUCGAAACUUUCACAGGUACUGAAGGAUCAGAUCCCUCAUUUUGAUACAGUCCUCACCCUGGUUGAACACGGGGACUUUCGCGCCGGAGCUCUGGGAGCUGCGAUGGAAAGUGCCCUGCUGAUUGUGCUUCAACUCGGCAUGCUUAUCGGGCACCACGAAGCUGAAGAUGUCGAGUUGAACUUGGACCCCAAGCACACCACGCUUGCCGGCCUCAGCAUUGGCCUCUUUGCCGGCGCCGCCGUGGCUCUUUCCACCAGCCUUGCAGAAGUGGUAAAGAAUGGCGCCGAGAGCUUACGGAUUUCCUUCCGAAUCGGGGUCUACGUGGGUGAAGUGAGUCGCAAGCUCGAAGCACCUCAGCCAGAUGGAGCGCUCCAAAGCUGGGCUCACGUCGUCACAGGAAUGUCCUCAAAGGUCAUUCAAGACGAGCUGUCACGGUUCAAUGCAGAGUCGGGGAAUCCAGAGAUCUCCAAGGUCUUUGUUAGCGCCGCAGACAAGGCCUCCGUUAGUGUCAGUGGGCCACCCUCGCGCCUUAAAACCGCCUUUCAGCACUCACACGACCUUCGCUACUCUAAAUCGCUACCCCUUCCGGUCUACGAUGGAUUGUGUCACGCGAAACACCUGUACACCCAAGAGGAUAUUCACUUUGUCACCAACAUUUCCGAGUCCGUUAUCCCUCGCUCACGCCCAGUCCGUUUGCCUCUUCUCUCGUCACGAACAGGCAAACCGUUCGCCGCCAGCACUGCCCAGGAGCUAUUCCUGGAGAUCGGCACAGAGCUGCUAACAGGGACCAUCUACUUGGACAAGGUCACAGCAGGAAUCCUGGAUCACACUGGUGCCAUGUCCUCCACCACCAUGCAAUGCCAGGUUGACACAUUUCGCACGUCUCUUGUCAUGAAGGGCAUUCUGCAAGCCAUCGAGACCACCUUUCCCUCCCUAGAGGUCUCCCGGCGCGACAUGGUUGACUGGAUAUACAAGGAAUUUGGCGCCCAACGUCCUAGUUCCUUUGCGGGUGCAAAACUGGCCAUCGUCGGCAUGGCCUGCCGCUUGCCAGGCGGCGCAAACGACCCCGAACUUUUCUGGGAGCUGCUUGAGAAAUGUCGUGAUACCCAUACGGUUGUGCCGGCGGAUCGAUUCGACCUCGAGACGCACCAUGACCCUACCGGCAAGAUUGAGAAUGCUACGCAGACCCCAUAUGGGAAUUUCAUCGAUCGGCCUGGUUUCUUUGAUGCCAGCUUCUUCAAAAUGUCUCCGCGAGAGGCUGAGCAAACAGACCCCAUGCAACGACUUGCGCUCGUCACCGCGUAUGAAGCUAUUGAAAUGGCCGGUAUUGUUCCCGGCCGCAUAGCAUCUUCUCGUCCAUCACGUUUUGGGACCUUCUAUGGCCAGGCGAGUGAUGACUGGCGCGAACUGAAUGCCUCACAGAAUAUCGGCACCUACGCAGUACCCGGUGGAGAACGUGCCUUUGCCAAUGGCCGCAUCAAUUACUUUUUCAAGUUCUCCGGCCCAUCAUUCAAUAUUGAUACUGCGUGCUCUAGCUCAAUGGCUGCCGUGCACGCCGCCUGCUCAGCUCUCUGGGCAGGAGAGGCCGACACCGUCCUUGCGGGCGGACUCAAUAUAAUUACUGAUCCAGACAACUAUGCCGGGCUGUGCAACGCUUACUUCCUGUCGAAAACGGGCCAGUGUAAGGUCUGGGACAUGGACGCCGAUGGGUAUUGCCGCGCAGAUGGGGUGGGAUCUGUGGUGAUCAAGCGGUUGGAAGAUGCCGAUGCAGAUAACGACAACAUCCUGGCCGUGGUGCUGUCUGCCAACACCAACCAUUCCGCUGAAGCUAUCUCGAUCACACACCCACAUGCAGGAGCCCAGAAGGACAACUAUCGCCAGGUACUCACCAAGGCCGGGGUCAAUCCCCUCGAUGUGAGCUAUAUCGAGCUGCAUGGCACGGGCACCCAGGCUGGCGAUUCUAUCGAGUCCGAAUCAGUCUUGGAUGUGUUUGCGCCUCUUGCGCCACGUCGUCGUCCUGAUCAGCAGCUGCACCUGGGGGCUGUCAAAAGCAACAUUGGACACGGCGAGGCGGCUGCCGGCAUUGCCUCGCUGAUCAAAGUGCUGCUGAUGUACCAGAAGGACCAGAUCCCCGCGCACAUUGGCAUCAAGACGGAGAUCAACCCGGCCAUCCCCAAGAAACUCGAACGACGCAAUGCUUUCCUACCCAUGACCAUGACGGCAUGGCCAAGGUUGCCGGGCAAGAAGCGGGUGGCGCUAGUCAAUUCCUUCGGCGCACAUGGGGGCAACACCUCGCUGUUGCUGGAGGAUGCACCCCAGAAGAAACAGAAGAUCGAUGGCAGCAGUCGCAGCACAGGUGAUCGUCUGACGCACACGAUCACUCUCUCGGCCAAGAGCAAGAAAUCCCUCGAGGCAAAUAUGGAGAAUCUUCUAUCCUACCUAGAGCAGCACCCAGAAACAGAACUUGCCGACUUGUCAUACACGACCUGCGCGCGUCGCAUCCACCAUAGUCUCCGAGUGGCCACUUGCGUGUCCACUGUCGCUGGACUGCAGAAGUUUCUCCGCUCCUCUCUGGAAAGCAAAACAACAUUCACUGGUAUCCGUCCUAUCCCGCUCGAUCCUGGUUCAGUCGUCUUCACCUUCACGGGCCAGGGUGCGUUCUACCGUGGUAUUGGCCAGGAACUUUUCGCCGACUUCCCUCCUUUCCGCAUGCAGGUUCUGCAGCUCGACCGGCUGGUGCAGCGGCUGGGCUUUCCCUCUGUCGUCCCGGUCAUUGAUGGCAGCGCGGAGGAUGAUGAGGCCAACUCACCAGUCCGCAGUCAGCUCAGCGUGGUGGUCCUCGAGAUUGCCCUUGCUUACUUCUGGACCCUCCUCGGCAUCCAGCCCAGCGCUGUGAUCGGACACAGUCUAGGUGAAUUCGCAGCCUUCACCGUUGCGGGUAUUUUGUCCGCCGCUGACGCACUGUAUCUUGUUGGUCGGCGUGCUCAAUUGAUUGAAGAGCGGUGCACCCCCGGUACCCACGCGAUGCUUUCAGUACUGGCAUCCCCCACUGACAUCGAGCGAGUGAUAAGAGAUGCUGCCUGUCAAGUGCAAUACGAGGUAUCAUGCCGGAACACGCACCAAGACACCGUCCUGGGCGGAACCAGAGAUGCCAUGGACACGAUUCGCCAGACACUGGAGAUCUACAGCUACAAGUGCGUGCUGCUCGACAUCCCCUAUGCAUUCCAUACCGUGCAGAUGGACGACGCCAUGCUGGACGAGCUUGAGUCGUUGGCCCGGGGAAUUCCCUUCAAGGCCCCCAGCAUCCCAGUUCUCUCAACGCUGCUUGGAAUUGCUGUGUUCGAUGGCAAGACAAUCAAUGCCAAUUACAUUCGCCGACAAACUCGAAAUGCUGUAGACUUUGCUGCCGCCAUCCAGUCCGGUCAGCAACUGGGGAUGGUCGAUGACAAGACACUGUGGGUGGAAGUUGGACCCCAUCCAAUCUGCACGGGCUUUGUGCGCAAACUGCUUCCCCAGGCGCGCAUGGUUUCCUCUUGUCAUCGGAAUGAAGAUAACCUGACGACCGUCGCCAAGAGUCUGGUCACAAUGCAUCUGGGCGGUUUUACGCCAUGCUGGAAUGACUAUUUCCGGCCUCACGAGCAGAUGUACUCGUUGUUGCAUCUUCCCAAGUACAGCUGGAAUGAGACGGACUACUGGAUCCCUUACAUUGGUACUUGGACCCUGGAUAAAGCGCUCCUCAAGUACGGCGUUGGAGCAACUGGAAAUAAUAGGGCAGCCGGAAUAUCCUCCUCAUCGGCUCUGCGCACGUCUCUCAUUCACCAGAUCACAGGUGAGACGGUCGAAGCCACAACCGCCACCCUUCAUGUUAUCUCCGAUAUGCAGCAUCCCGAAUUCCUCGACGCUGUCCAUGGACACAAGAUGAACAACUGCGGUGUGGCAACCUCGUCCAUUUGGACAGACAUGGCAAUGUCCGUGGGAGAGUAUCUGUACCGUCUACUUGUCCCUCAGGUCCAGGACGUGCAUAUGAAUGUCGGCAACUUCGAGGUCCUUCAUGCGCAGGUGGCCAACAAGUCCAAAGGGAGCUCGCAGCCUCUCGCUCUCCACGCCCAUCUUGACCUGGUCACCCAGUCCAUGUCCCUGUCAUGGUACAACGUCAGCGGCGAGACAGGCGAGCGCGCCGCCGAGGCAUUUGCUUCAGCAACUGUCCGAUUCGAGGACCCCGAUGUGUGGCAAGCGGAGUGGGCGCGAGUCACCCAUCUCGUGCAAGGCCGUAUUGAGACACUCCGCGACAUGGCUACCGAGGGCACGGCGAGCCGGCUCUCCAAGCCUCUGGCAUACACGCUCUUCAAGAACGUCGUCGACUACGCCGACCGGUACCGCGGCAUGGACAGCGUGAUCCUGCACCACUAUGAGGCUGUAGCCGAUGUGAGACUGUCGGUUGAGCGCCACGGCACCUGGCACACCCCCCCCCCGCAUUGGAUCGACAGUGUCUGCCAUCUGGCAGGCUUGAUCAUGAACGGUAGCGAUGCCUCCAACACGCGCGACUAUUUCUACGUGACACCCGGCUGCGAGAGCUUUCGCUUGUUGAAGCCACUUGAGGCUGGUGCCCAGUAUCAGAGCUAUGUUCGCAUGUUUCCUCUUCCUGUCGAUGCCGGGAGCAUGUACGCAGGCGACGUGUACAUCCUGCAGGAUGGCAAAGUCGUGGGCAUGGUAGGCCAGAUCGGAUUCCGUCGCGUGCCACGUCUGCUGAUGGAUCGCUUCUUCUCGCCAACGUCGUCAUCUCCCGGGACUGAUGCCCUUGCACCCCCUCCGCAAGUCAAAGUCACGGAGGCGACCAUCCUCCCUUUCCGACAAGAGAAGCCCAGGAACACAGCUCGUGCCGAUGUUAAUGCCAACAAGGUUUUCGCUCCUGUGGUACCAGAGCCACUUACUCCUCUUGUAGAGAUGACCGUUCCUCAACGUGGCCACACCGAUUAUAUGUCCGCAACCAAGCUCAUACAAGGCGGGACAUCGAGUAUAGGUUCAACGACACCGGACACAGCAACACUAGCCGAGUCAGUCACUACGACCGACUCUGGACUGGUCAGUCAAUGCCUAGAUAUUAUCGCGACUGAGACGAGUCUUGACAGAGCCGAUUUAACUCCCGAAGCUACCUUUGUCCAGUUGGGUAUCGACUCGCCCAUGUCGCUGGUUCUAUCUGAGAAGUUCCGCUCCGAGCUCGGUAUGGAGAUCAAGAGUUCACUGUUCCUUGAGUAUCCAACUAUUGGUGAAAUGAAGGGUUGGCUGGAGCAGCAUUGUUGA